GUCGUUUGUCGUUUGCCAUAUAAGGAGCAAGAGCAAGUAGGCUAGACACCGCCCAAAACAGGAAUAGAGUGCAAGUCAAGUCAAGUUGGCAUCUAUCAUUUAUGCAAAUUCGAAAUCAACUCGAUUUGCUGCCCAGCUCAUUCAAUACCCAGAGUACAUAACAUACAUACACAGUAAGAAAAAAGUCAGUGCAUAAUGUCUACGACCGUUGUUGACCUACGCUCGGACACUGUCAGCCAGCCGACGGCUGAGAUGCGGGCACGCAUGGCUGAGGCUGUAGUGGGUGACGAUGUCUAUGGCGAGGAUCCGACUGUCACCGAACUGGAGACGAGAACGGCGGCCAUUUUCGGCAAGGAGGCGGGCCUCUUUGUGCCCAGCGGCACCAUGGGAAAUCUACUGGCGGUUAUGGUUCACUGCCAUCGACGUGGCGCAGAAGCUAUUGUUGGGGAUUUAUCGCACAUCUUUCUGUAUGAACAAGGUGGCGCCUCACACUUGGCUGGCGUCCAAUUAGCCACGAUUAGAAAUCAGCCGGACGGCACUUUUAGUCUGCAGGAGCUGCGCCACAAGAUACGCAACUACAAGGACUGCCACGAGCCAAUCACCUCGCUCGUUGUCGUGGAGAACACCCACAACAUCUGCGGUGGCAAGGUGAUUCCCCUCGCCUAUCUCGAUGAGCUGGCGGCUUUGGUCCGUGAACCUGGUGUGGGCACCACUCGAAUUGCCCUCCAUAUGGAUGGGGCGAGAGUUUUCAACGCGGCCGCAGCUUUGGGCGUCAGCGUGGAGCGCAUCACUCGUGAUUUUGACUCGGUGUCCGUUUGCCUCAGCAAGGGCUUGUCAGCGCCCGUGGGAUCUGUUUUGGUGGGCUCUAAGGCUUUCAUUGCAGAAGCUCAUCGUCUGCGCAAAGCUUUGGGAGGUGGCAUGCGGCAAGCGGGCAUAUUGGCUGCCGCUGGCCUCGUGGCAUUGGAGCAGGUGGUGCCGCUGCUGGGAAAGGACCAUGAGCGUACUAAGCGCAUCGCAGAAGGCGUGGAUAAGCUGCGUAGUCCGAAUAUCGUUGUUGACAUGCCUUCUGUGCAGAGUAAUAUUCUGCUGCUGCAGAUCAAGCAGCCCAAGCUCGCUGCCGAUGAGUUUGCCAAGCGUCUGGCCAUCGUCGAGCCCGAGGAGAUCGCAGCCGGAGUGACCGACAAGCAGGGAGCAGGAAUUGUGUUGAAAGCCAGCGCCAGAGAUUGGGAAUUUAUGCGUUUGGUGCUCUAUCACCAGGUGGAUGACGAGCAGGUGGAAUUGGCCAUUAAGAAGCUGACUUAUGUCAUCAAACAGUACGAUGCCCGCUGGCCUUAAACACUGCCAAAAAGGGAAGAGUAGAUAAUAAGUGAGGUACGAAAAAGUACUGCCAAGAACAAACAUAAUUUUAUGUAUAAUUAUUAGAUUAUGUUUUUUUCUGUUGUCGAGCAUUUAAUUAAAGAGCCAAGCGAAAGCGAAAACUGGCAUAAUUUAUAU